UUUCCGCAGUGUCAUAGUUCACGGCAGACAGAGCAAAGAUGGCGUCGCUGAGUGACAAAUCAGUUUGGGACGAAGUGGAGGAUGGAAUCGGCGAAGAAGUGUUAAAAAUGUCUACAGAGGAGAUAGUUCAGCGGACCCGGCUCCUGGACAGCGAGAUAAAGAUAAUGAAGAGCGAGGUGCUGAGGGUGACUCACGAGCUGCAGGCUAUGAAGGAUAAAAUCAAGGAAAACACGGAGAAGAUCAAAGUGAACAAAACCCUGCCCUACCUGGUGUCCAACGUGAUCGAGCUGCUGGAUGUGGACCCUAACGACCAGGAGGAAGACGGGGCUAAUGUGGACCUGGACUCCCAGAGGAAAGGAAAGUGUGCCGUCAUUAAGACCUCCACUCGACAGACCUACUUCCUGCCGGUGAUCGGGCUGGUGGACGCCGAGAAGCUGAAGCCCGGAGACCUGGUAGGUGUCAACAAGGACUCCUACCUGAUCUUGGAGACCUUACCCACCGAGUACGACUCCAGGGUAAAGGCCAUGGAGGUGGAUGAGCGUCCCACGGAGCAGUACAGCGACAUAGGAGGGCUAGACAAGCAGAUCCAGGAGCUGGUGGAGGCCAUUGUCCUCCCCAUGAACCACAAAGAGAAGUUUGAAAACCUGGGCAUCCAGCCACCCAAGGGAGUCCUGAUGUAUGGACCACCUGGUACAGGGAAAACCCUCUUGGCCAGGGCCUGCGCCGCUCAGACCAAGGCCACCUUCUUAAAGCUGGCCGGACCACAGCUGGUCCAGAUGUUCAUUGGAGACGGAGCCAAGCUGGUGAGAGAUGCCUUCGCCCUGGCCAAAGAGAAAGCCCCAUCCAUCAUCUUCAUCGACGAGCUGGAUGCCAUCGGGACCAAGAGGUUUGACAGCGAGAAGGCGGGAGACAGAGAGGUGCAGAGGACCAUGCUGGAGCUGCUCAACCAGCUGGACGGAUUUCAGCCCAACAUGCAGGUCAAGGUGAUUGCUGCCACCAAUAGAGUGGACAUCUUGGACCCUGCUCUGCUCCGCUCAGGUCGUCUGGACAGGAAGAUCGAGUUCCCCAUGCCAAACGAAGAGGCCAGAGCUCGCAUAAUGCAGAUUCACUCCCGCAAGAUGAACGUCAGUCCCGACGUCAACUAUGAGGAGCUGGCCCGCUGCACCGACGACUUCAACGGAGCCCAAUGCAAAGCUGUGUGCGUGGAGGCUGGUAUGAUUGCGCUGCGCCGUGGAGCCACAGAGCUGAACCAUGAGGAUUACAUGGAGGGAAUCCUGGAGGUCCAGGCCAAGAAGAAGGCUAACCUUCAGUACUACGCCUGAGGUGUCUGUGUUUGUGUGUGAGAGAGUCUUUGAUUACUAAAACAGUUGUUGAGUAAACACUUGUUACAAUUGCUGAUUAUCUUGAGUUAAUAAAAAGAGAUGAAAUGUCAUAAAUAA